AUGUUUGACCAACGAUGCUUGUGUGAGAAGAAAGCUUCAUAUGUUCUCAAAAAUUGUGGACACAAGGAAUUUCGCGAGCAAUGCCAGACAAGGAAAAGCAUUAAGGACAUUUCUGUUGAAGUUGCACUUGAUUCUUCACAUCAUGAUGAUGGUGAUGUUAUAAAGUUCUGUGUGGAGACUCCCGCGCUAUUCUCUGCCUCUCCCGAGUUCUUCUCCUCCCGGAUAGCAAUGCCUCUGUCAUUUUUUUCACAGACGGAUUGCUCUGUCAUUUGGUCAAAUGGCGUAUUCGGGAAGAAGAAAGCUUUUGGCAUGAGUAGAGUCGGAAAAGCCAGGUAUCACUUUUUGCCAUUAGGUGAGAAAGAGGAUUUGAAUUCUAAACUAUGGCAUAUUUGUGGUGGCCCUAUGGUUAAUGUUCCUAGCGCCGGGGAUAGGGUUUUCUACUUCGCUCAAGGUCACAUACAACAGGUUGAAGCAUAUACAAAUACAAAUACAAACCAAUUUGGUGAAACGAAGAUGCCAACCUACAAUCUACCACCUAAGAUUCUCUGCAAGGUUGUCAAUGUUCAUUUGAAGGCCGAUGCUUCUACAGAUGAGGUGUUUGCGCAAAUUACUCUGCUUCCAGAAGUUAAGAGCUUUCGAUCCUUAGCCGAGAGGGAGCCAAGUAUAAAAGAUGGGACUUCUGUAUCUCUGCCGCCUUCAAAAAUAAGUGCAUGCUCCUUUAGCAAGAAGCUCACUGCUUCGGAUAUAAGCACGCACGGUGGAUUCUCUGUUCCUAAGCAACUUGCUGAAGAAUGUUUUCCUCCUUUGUCCCAGGAGACACAGACACCUACGCAAGAUAUAGUAGCAAAGGACUUGCAUGGUCGUGAAUGGAAAUUCCGCCAUAUAUAUCGUGGUCAUCCAAAGCGAAAUUUGCUUAAUAGUGGUUGGGGUACAUUUGUUAGUGCAAAGAAGCUUGUUGUUGGGGAUGUUUGUAUUUUCAUGAGGGGAGGAAAUGGAGAACUCUAUGUUGGGAUCCGUCGUGUAACAAAACCACAAAACAAUGCAUCAGCGUCCAUCAUAUCUGGCCACAGCAUGCAGCACGGCAUACUUGCUAAUGCCUUGCAUGCCGUUACUACUGGAACCAAGUUUAUUGUGUACUACCAUCCCUGGAUAAGUCCUCAGUUUAUAAUCCCUUACGAUCAAUUUAUGAAGUGUGCUGAGAAAACCUACUCAGCUGGAAUGAGAUUUAGAAUGCAGUUUGAAGGUGAAAAAGAACAAAGAUUUUCAGGUACUGUAGUUGCUAUUGAAAAUAUUGAUGACACCAGGUGGCCUGGUUCAGAAUGGAGAUGUCUCAAGGUGAAAUGGGACAACAACAGAUUGGAUACUACGUCUGUUGGUCCUGAAAGAGUUUCUCCUUGGAGCAUCGAACCAAUAGAACUCAAAAGGAAGAAACAGAUUUCUACUUUACCCCAUCGAAAGAGGUCACGCCCUUUGGACUCAUCAGCUCCUGAAUUUCCUGCUCGGCCUGGGGAUGGCUUACUGAAGAGCUCAGUGGAUUAUGCACCUGAAAAACACUUUGUUGUCUUGCAAGAUCAAGAAAUCAAGGCCGUUGGUGCUCACGAACUGGUUUCAUCAACGCAGCCAUCACUACCACAUUUAAUUCCCCAACCAAAUGCUGAUCAAGGCCACAUGCAAAUCGGAUUGGAGAAUCAGCUGCGCUUUCAGGUGUAUGACCCAAGUUAUCGGUAUCCUGGUGGGAUAGUAUCAUUUCCCGGCAAAAAUCCUCCUAUGUUUGUAUCCCAUGGAACCCAUGAAAAUGGUGAAGCAAGCCGAAGCUUAUCUGUUCCAAACAUCAAUUUCAUUGGUUCAAUGUCUCAGAACUGGAAGUCUCCUAAAGACAAGGAAGAGAUUGAAGCUCCAACAGCUCAACCAAAUGGAAGUAAAACAUGCAAGCUUUUUGGAGCCGAAAUAUAUAUUGGCCAUCAGGAACUCCCUUCACCCCAAGUUACAUCAUCAUCGUCAUCAUCUAGUGAGAUCCAUAGUCUUUGUUCUGUUCUAUAUCAGACUACAAUUUCUGAUCCCAUCCAGGUUUCAGAGCCAUCUGAGAGUAUGUCUGGGAACCUUCAUGAGAAACAAUGUGAUAAGUGUUCUUCCACAGCGAAUUGGAGCUACACAAAGGUACUGAAGUUUGGAAGUGCUUUCGGAAGAUCAAUUAACCUUGCACAUUUUGGUGGCUACCAUGAACUCACUCGUGAACUUGACUAUAUGCUCGACUUUAAAGGAACGUUGAUUGACGAAAGCAGUGGCUGGCAUGUAACCUACAUAGAUGAUGUUGACGACAUGAUGGUGAUUGACGAUUACCCAUGGCAGUUGAGUGCGAAAUCCAUCAUAGCUGAGCUUUAUUUUCUUUCUGGAAUUCCAGACCAUCGCACAAAAGCUAUUCGUCUGUCCAAAAGAAGGUGUCAGUAG